UGGUUUGGCCGACCGAGGGGGCAAACCAAAAGCCUUUUCAGCCUCUUGUCACUUAUAGUCACCAAGAAACUAUGAGCUGCUACUUCCCACUAGGAACCAUGCUUUGGGUCCUAUGCGUCUUGCAGUUCAUGUCCCACAUGGCAGGUGGCUGCGUGAUCGAGGAGAGGAUUGCUCUUAUGCGCAUCAAAUCUUUGUUGCUGGAGGCAAACUCUGAAGUUCUUGCUUCUUGGGGACACAGUGAUGACUGCUGCUCCUGGGAAAGAGUCCGAUGCAACAACAGCACACGUGUGUCGGGUCUCAACCUCGACUACGUGUACCAGAGAAAGGAUUAUCGUACCAUGGUAACAAUUGGAGGUCCAUGCUGGAAUCUCAAUUUGACCAUAUUUUCCUCGUUUCAUGAGCUUCAGCAGCUGGAUUUAUUUUCGAAUUCCGCUUGUCUUCAAAAUUUUGAUGGCCUUCAAUAUCUGACUAAGCUUCGCUAUCUCAACCUUAGCAGCAACAUAUUGGUCGAGAAUAAUGUCUUGGAAUCUCUUGCUUUCAGAAAUCUCAAGAACUUGCGAGAUUUGCGCCUAGGAUUCAAUCAAAUAUAUGGAAGCAUCCCACCUUCCUUAUUUGAGCUUCCAUGCCUUGAAUAUUUGGACCUUUCAUACAAUCUCCUGCAAGGACACAUACAUAUAGACCUCUCAACAAACUUAAAGAACUUGCAAGAACUGCAUCUAGGAUCCAACCGACUGAAUGGAAGCAUCCCAGCUUCCUUAUUUGAGCUUCCUCGCCUUCAAUAUUUGGAUCUCUCAAAAAAUCUUCUUCAAGGACAUAUACCGAAGAUGGACCUCACAAGAACCCUCAAAUACUUGGAUCUUUCAGGAAAUCUCCUUGAAGGACAUAUAUCUAUAAUCUCACCUUCGAAUCUUUGUUUAUCGCUUCAAACUCUCAAGUUAGCAGCAAAUAAUCUAAAUGGAAAGUUUGAUUUCUUUUGGCUACGGAACUGUGCCAUGCUAAAGGAGGUAGAUCUAUCAGGGAAUGCUGAAUUAGCUAUUGAUGUGAAGUUCCUUACAAGUGUGACUUCAUUUCAACUGAGAGCGCUAAUGCUCUCUGGGUGUAACCUUGACAAUACUAUCAUUUCAGGGCCAAAUUUAUUUGGCACACAACGUCAUCUGCAAUUCCUUGAUCUGUCCAACAACAACUUUUCAGGGUGCCUGCCCAACUGGAUGUUUACAAAUGAAGCACCUUUGCUCUAUCUGGAUCUUGCACAUAACUCGCUGGUAGGAUCAUUGGAUCAUCUGAUGUGGCAACAACAAUCGAAUCUCCAAAUGAUCAAUAUAUCUAUGAACUACUUCACAGGACAUCUUCCAAUGGACAUAAGCUCAGUAUUUCCGAAUCUGACAGUUCUCGAUGCUUCUUACAAUAAUAUUUCUGGAUAUUUACCACCAUCUCUGUGCAACAUUAACGACUUGGAAUUUGUGGAUCUAUCAAACAAUAAACUUACAGGAGAGGUGCCAGUUUGCUUGUUCACUGAGUGUGGGUCGCUGGAAUUCCUGAGGCUCUCGAACAACAAUCUCGGGGGUCCGAUCCUUGGUGGGGCUAAUAAUAAGUCUAUUUGUGGAGGAACAAUAUUUCUUGAUAGCAACAAUUUUGAGGGACCAUUGCCUAACAAUCUAUCAGGUGAAGUGUCAAUCAUGGAUUUUCAUGAUAAUAAAUUGUCAGGUGAACUUGAUGUAUCAUUUUGGAACAUUCCUUCAUUGGAAUUUCUUAGUGUUGCUAGCAACAGUUUAACUGGUCAAAUUUAUCCAAUGAUCUGCAAAUUGACUGGUCUUAGCUAUUUGGAUAUAUCCAAUAACGACUUUGAAGGAUCUAUACCAAACUGCAGCAGUAAGUUAAUGCUGGAUUUUCUGAACAUGUCGAGCAAUACCCUCUCAGGAUUUCCUAGUUAUUUUUUCAAUAGCUCCAACGUUGAAGUUAUCGAUAUAAGAUAUAACCGGUUCAUGGGCAGCCUUGAUUGGAUACAACAUCUUUAUCAAAUAAAAAUGCUCUUGUUGGGCGGGAAUAUGUUUGAGGGGCAUAUCUCUGCAAAACUCUGUCAUCUCCAGUACUUGAAUAUUAUUGAUUUGUCGCACAACAGACUUUCAGGCUCAUUGCCACCUUGCAUUGGUGCUAUCUCAUUUGGAUACUAUACAGAUUCAUAUGACGAUGAUUUUUUGUCCAAAAAUAUCUACGAUGUGCCCUUCGAUGUGGGGCUUUCUAAUAUGCAUUCGUGGUUCCCCUAUGAUGCCAAUCUUGUCCUCCCAGGCUUCACCUUCUCCACUAAAGGAAACAUUUACACAUAUAGCCGCGGUUUCUACAAUCUCAUGUCCGGCAUUGACUUAUCGGCGAACAUGCUAUCAGGGGAGAUCCCUUGGGAGAUUGGGAAUCUGAGCCGUGUCAAGUCCCUCAACCUAUCACAUAAUUUCUUUAUUGGUCAAAUCCCAGCUACCUUUGCCAACAUGAGCGCCCUAGAAAGCCUGGACUUGUCCCAUAACGAGUUGAGCGGAUCUAUACCAAGGCAACUGACUCAUAUGUCAUCUUUGGAGGUGUUCUUUGCGGCCUACAACAACUUGUCAGGGUGCAUACCGAACUCCGGUCAGUUUAGCUCGUUCAACAUGGAGAGCUACCUGGGCAACGCAGACCUUCAGAAUUCAUCAAAGGGGAGCCAGUGUUCUCCUGUCCUAGGCCCUAUGGAAGUAGAAGAUGUGGGCGAGGCAUCUGAUGAUCCAGUUCUUUAUAUUAUCUGUGCCGCCUCAUUCGUAUUGGCAUUCUGGGCAACCGUUGCAUUCUUGUUCUGCCUUCCAUUUGGACAGCGUGUGAUGCUUCAACUAUAGUUCAUCACAGCUGUUGCUGGGCAAGUGCAACCAAUGUUUCUCUUUUUUGUUCUAGUUAUGUGUAACGAUAAAGCUAUGUAUGCUUGAUAUUUUUGUUAUGUUUUCUUACAUUUAGAAUCUCUGGAACAAGUUUAGUGGUGUGUAAUAAUGUCGCCUUUUUUCUU